AUGUCGUUCACGGAUCUGGAACGAGGUCUUAGCACCCCUCCCCUGUCGCCCAACCAACAUCAACGAGAGCGGGACUUGGCAAAGUACUCCACCGAUGGUAAUGGUAUCCCCUUCCCAAUCCCAGCACCAAGGUCGUCCUCGUCUUCAGUCGAGACUUCCGGCUCCCCUCACUUUCCUCCGUUUACAAUAUCGUCGUCGUCGCCGCCGGUGAGGCUCCCGAGUGGAAUGCAAGUGACCCGGGGCAACAGUCGUGAUAGUAUCGGACUCGGACUACAGAACCAAUUGCAACAACACCAACAACAACUUUUUCAACAGCAACAACAACAACAGAGACGACCGCUUUCAAACGUACAUUUGCCCUAUCCACCUCCGGUGUCACCACCCAACAGUAAGGACAACAUGAAGAAUAAGAGCCCUAUUGCUCACCACUCGAGAUUUGUCGACGAGAAUACACGGAUUGAUACCCCGAGGCCAACGUUGACGCCCACAACGGCUGCCGACGCUGCUGCUGCUGCCGAGCGGAUUGGAUCUCCGGAAGAAGACCAGAAUGUACCGUCGACGACUACAACAACGACUACAUCAUCGACAACUACUACAACAACAGUACCACCUCGAUCCCCUCAAUCGGUCUUGACGUCCUUCCAGGGCGGCAGUCAGAGCAACAACUAUAAUAAUCGUGUCCUUGGCAACAACUAUAAUAAUCGUGUCCUUGGCAACAACAACAGCAAUCACCAGAGACAGGUUCUCUCACCACCGACCAGCCCACCCCAGUCGAGUCCCCUAAACCAGCAGUACCAAGGAUUUAUAAGGGUCGAUAACCGUGGGCCACAUGAUUCAGGGGCAACAAGCAUGUCAGCAACAUCGUCUUCGUCAGGGGUGGGUGCUCCCUCCUCUGCUCGUGUACCAAAAAGCAGUAACAGGAUAGACACCUACCAACACGAGGGAGUUUCUAUCGACAUCGAUCCAUCUACUACCCACCAACAACAAGCAGCAGCAUCGUCUUCUUCAUCAUCCUCGUCUACAGCAGUAGUGACCACGUCAUCGGUGUUUCCCACGUCAUCGACAGCACUCCAGGAGCAAGAACUCGAUUAUAACCUCAUGGUCCGCCACCUGUCCCAACAAAUUUUCAACAUCUCCUCCAACAUUGCAGUCCUCGAACGACUGGUCCCCUGUCUGGGCCAGCGCCACAAGGACACUGUCGAGAUGCGAGCCGGUCUGCACGCAGUUCUGGACGGGACCCACGAGCUGGUCAAGUCUGCCCAUGGUCUGGUCAAGGUCCUGGCUCGGUACCAUCAACCCCCCUCGAUCCCGCACUCGGGUGUUGGCAUCGGUAUGCGGUCGCAGCAACAAAGGCAGCAGCGGGUCGAGAUGUCGUCCUGGCAGAAGAAAGUGCUUGUGAGUCGACGACAGACACAUCAAAAGCUGACCAAGGAUCUGGCGUUGGUCAGUAAGGAUUUUCAGGUGCUGCAGAGGGAGGCGAUUGAGGCUGAGAGGUGUCAAGUUGCGAUUUUGAGGAGACUGUCGUCUAGUGCUUCGAUGCGACGACUGAGUCAAAGGCGGUCUGAUCUGAUGGACCUAUCACCCGAGGAGAUUCAAGCGCUUGGCAACAGUCAAGGCAGCAAUAGCAGUGGAACCAGUCACGGUCUCAGCAACACCUCUUUCCCAGGACUCCAAGUCUUCCACCACGACCGCGAACUCUCAGUUCAAGAAGAGGCUCUACUCAAAGAACUCUUGGCCAUGGACGGUGAACUGGCAAUGCAAGAAAACAUUCUCCAAGAGCGUGAGUCUGAGAUCCGCAAGAUCGAGGUUGGAAUGGUCGAGGUCCUAGAUGUGAUGAAGGAGUUGGGGACAUUGGUGCACGAGCAGAGAGGUGGUGUUGAUUUUUUGCAGGAUAAUAUUAUGCAGGCACGAGGUCGGAUUCAACAGGGUCAGCAGGAGAUUGUGAAGGCGAGUGAGCACCAACGGAAAUAUAGGGAAAAGAUGUGUUAUCUUCUUAUGAUUGCCAGCACUGUCGGCGCCAUUGUCAUGCUCGCCUUUGUCAGCACUUAG